CGCGCGCCCGCCCCGACUCCGCGGCUCGCGCGUGAGAGCGUCGCGUCACUGCUCCGUUAUUGUCGGAUGUUGACGCGCUGAGGAGCGGUGAUGGGUCCGCACAGAGCGAGCUGAUCGCGGUCAGAGCCGGAGGAUCAUGUCCUAUGUGUCUUCACAAGAUGGAAGGUGUGUGUCUCCAUGUUCUCGGCCUCACACUCCUCUGAAUGGCCACACACACGACUCCCCCGGCUGGAGCCGCCAGCUCCGCGUCAGAGAUGGAGACCAGUUCUACCUGCUGGAUCAAGAGGAGGUUCAUCCAUUGCUGAUGAAUGAUCAUCGUCCCGUCUCUCACCGACACAAACUGCUGCGCAGGACCGUCAGCGUACCUGCUGACAGCAGACCACACCCUGAGUCAGAGCACGCUCGUGCUCGCAGGAAGAGCUUUGCCUCGUCGCGGCAGAGAAGCAUGGAAGCUCCGCCCACUAACCCUACACAGCCAUUCAGACAACCUAGUUUUUUAAGUCGCCGUCUGAAAGGAUCGAUCAAACGAGCAAAGAGCCAACCCAAACUCGACCGCACAGGAAGCUUUCGCCACAUGAUCCUCCCACGAUUCCGCAGCGCAGACCAGGAGAGGACGCGUCUCAUGCAGAGCUUCAAGGAGUCUCACUCUCACGAGUCCCUGCUGUCCCCCAGCAGCGCGGCCGAGGCCCUGGACCUCACGCUGGACGAGGACGCCCUCAUCAAACCCGUCCACUCCAGCAUCCUCGGCCAGGAGUACUGCUUCGAGGUGACCACUGCGUCGGGCACCAAGUGUUUCGCGUGCCGCUCCGCUGCUGAGAGAGACAAAUGGAUGGAGAACCUGCAGCGAGCCAUCAAACCCAACAAGGAUAACAGUCGUCGUGUUGAUAACGUGCUGAAGCUGUGGAUCAUCGAGGCCCGGGAUCUUCCUCCGAAGAAGCGCUAUUACUGCGAGCUGUGUCUGGACGACAUGCUGUACGCACGCACCACCAGCAAGCCGCGCACAGACACCGUGUUCUGGGGCGAACACUUCGAGUUCAACAACCUGCCGGCCAUCCGCAGCCUCAGACUGCACCUGUACAAGGAGACGGACAAGAAGAGACGCAAGGAGAAGAGCACGUACCUGGGGCUGGUCAGCAUCCCCAUCUCCAGUAUAACGGGCCGUCACUUCGUGGAGCAGUGGUAUCCGGUCAUCCAGCCCAGUGUCCUGGCCAAGGGCGGCGGUGUGGGCAGCGGGAAGAUCAUCAACGCCUCGCUGCGCCUCAAGAGCCGCUACCAGACCAUGAGCAUCCUGCCCAUGGAGCUGUACAAGGAGUUCGCCGAGUACGUGACCAACAACUACCGCACACUGUGUGGCGUCCUGGAGCCGCUGCUGAGCGCCAAGAGCAAGGAGGAAGUGGCCUGUGCGCUGGUGCACAUCCUGCAGAGCACCGGCAAGGCCAAGGACUUCCUGUCUGAUAUGGCCAUGUGUGAGGUGGACCGCUUCAUGGAGCGCGAGCAUCUGAUCUUCAGAGAAAACACACUGGCCACCAAAGCCAUCGAGGAGUUCCUGAAGCUGAUCGCACACCGCUAUCUCAGAGACACCAUCGGAGAGUUCAUCCGUGCGCUGUACGAGUCGGAGGAGAACUGUGAGGUAGAUCCGAUGCGAACGCCUCCCUCGGUGCUCUCAGACCAUCAGGCUAACCUGCGCAUGUGCUGCGAACUAGCGCUCUGCAAGAUCAUCAACUCUCACUGCCUGUUUCCUCGCGAACUGAAGGAGGUGUUUGCGUCGUGGCGUGUGCGCUGUGCUGAGCGCGGCCGGGAGGACAUCGCUGACCGUCUCAUCAGCUCGUCUCUGUUCCUGCGCUUCCUGUGUCCGGCCAUCAUGUCUCCGUCUCUGUUCAGUCUGACGCAGGAGUAUCCGUCUGAACGCACCUCUCGAACCCUCACGCUCAUCGCCAAGGUGGUGCAGAGCCUGGCCAGCUUCUCCAAGUUCAGUGGGAAGGAGGACUAUCUGGGCUUCAUGAAUGAGUUCCUGGAGAUGGAGUGGGGCUCCAUGCAGCAGUUCCUGUACGAGAUCUCUAAUCUGGAGUGUGUGAGUAACGCCGGGGCGUUCGAGGGCUACAUAGACCUGGGCCGCGAGCUCUCCAUCCUGCACAGUCUGCUGUGGGAGGUCAUGGCCCAGCUGAGCAAGGACGCCAUCCUGAAGCUGGGGCCCUUGCCUCGGUUACUGAAUGACAUCAGUGUGGUGCUGAGGAACCCGCAGCUGCACCGUCAGGCCAGUCACCAGCCGCCCGAGCGUCACAUGACCCGCCCGCCCUUCAGCCGCCUCGCAACCAACGACUUCCAGAGCCUCAUGAUGAGAGACCUCAACAGCUCCAUAGAUAUCUCUCGUCUGCCGUCUCCCACGGCUGGUCUCUCCGGCAGCGGCGUUCUCUCUCACCCUGGAAUGGCUGCGUUCUCAGAACGAGAUUCCCGUGGAAACAAAGACGUGUUCUACGUGACCCGCCCACCUCUCGCACGCUCAAGCCCCGCCUACUGCACCAGCAGCUCUGACAUCACUGAACCAGACCCCAAGGUGCUCAGUGUGAAUAAGAGUGUUUCUAUGAUGGACCUGCAGGACUCUCGCAUCAACAGCGUGUCCAACCUGCACUCGGUCAACGACCUGCUCAACUCGUCUCAGGGGUCUCUGGCCGGCUUCGGUCCGCUGGGUGGCGCCCCCCUCAGGGCCGGAGGGCGUGUUUCGGCCGGCUCGGGCGGCUCCAGCAUGUCGGGAGGUUUGCGUCUGAGUCACUCGGGCGGCCUGACGACUGAUUCUCUGUCCCAGCAGCAGCAGCAGCAGGCGGCCGCCAUGCACGUGGCUCUGUCCUUCCAGAACCCUCUGUUCCACCUGGCAUCCGACGGGCCGCAGUACCACACGCCCCCCCACGGCCCCGCCGCCCCCCCGCCGCUGCUGCUGGCGCCCGAGCCGGAGAAUGGACACGUGGGAUUCGGUGUGCCGUCGUUCGGACACAGCGGCUUCUCUCGCAGCGAGGACCUGUCGGCCCUGAGGACGCAGAACAGUCUGGUGCAGCCCAACAUCGUGCACUCACACAGCUACAGCGACGACUUCACACGCCACAACCAGGCCGACUACGCCCGCAGACAGCUCUCGCUGCAGAUGCAGGAGAAUCUCCAGCAGCAGGUUCUGAUGGGCAUGGCUCCACAGACAGCCACAGGCACCGGCACGCCCGCUUCUCUGGCCACGCCCCCCACCACCAUCCAUCCUGUCCGUCAGGCCUCCAUGGCUCCGCCCCCUCCUCAGCGCAUGAAGCCUCAGCCCUCCCACCAGCUGUCUGUCAGCUCGGCUGUCAACUCCACGCCCCCCAAGACACGCCCCCAGAGCGGGAACCUCCUCCAGUCGCCCGACUCCAGUUUCGGGGGGAGGCAGUUGUCGAGGCAACAGCUGUCGAUGAAGGAUAGCCCCGCCCCCGGCCUGCCGCAUCAGUCCAGCACGGCCUCGGAGAGCCCCGCCCCUCAAGGCGGAGCCAAUGAGAGCACAGAAAACACACCGAGCAACCAACCAGCAAAACCUGCACAGCAGAGCAACCAACAGCAGCUGCUCAAACCAACCGUGAACAAACAGGGCUCAAAGUCUCCGUCCACUCUCAAUCCUCCCUCAGCAGCGUCUGAGCGUACGGUGGCCUGGGUGUCCAACAUGCCACACCUGUCUGCGGACAUCGAGAGUCUGCGUGUGGACCGCGAGGACUUCAAACUGAAGGAGCACUCCAAGAGCAUGGACGAGUCCCGUCUGGACCGGGUGCGUGAGUACGAGGAGGAGAUCCACUCUCUGAAGGAGCGUCUGAUGAUGUCUCAUCGUAAGCUGGAGGAAUACGAGCGGCGGCUGCAUUCCCAGGAGCAGCAGACCAGUAAGAUCCUGCUGCAGUACCAGAGCCGGCUGGACGACAGCGAGAGACGCCUGCGCCAGCAGCAGGUGGAGAAGGACUCGCAGCUCAAGGGCAUCAUCAACAGGUUGAUGGUGGUAGAGGAUGAGCUGAGGGGAAGUGGAAUGCCUGACCUCAAAACCAGAAUAUUCACAGAACAGCCGAUUUAUGGUGCCCACUCUGGAACAUGAUUGGCCCGGGCAGGACUAGCGGACCUGUGAUUGGUUGAACCCCAACCCAGGAGUGUCUGAUGAUUGGCUGAGAGAGAAGAGAGAGGCGGAGCCUGAACAUGACGACCAACUCCAACUUCAGGACAUCUACAAACUCUCUCUCUCUCUCUCUCUUUCUCUCUCACACACGCUGAGAGUUUAUAUAUGUAUAUAAGUGACAUAUAACUAUAUAUUCCUCAGGUGUGUCUCUGUCUCUUUCUCUCUUUCUCUCCUGCUGUCUUUCUCUCUUUUUGAGCCAAAUGGACGACAAUCAGCAUCUUGAGGCCGAAACAAUCACACCGAUAGCACAAAGAAAUCAACGCAGACAGACAGACGGAGAGAGAGAGAGACUAUUCACUCUCGUUCUCUUCCCAUCAUCCCCUGCCUCUCUUUCUCUCUCUUUACUGCAGGAGUGUGUGUGUGUGUGUGUGUGUGUGGUUUUGAUCAGUUGCAGCCUCAACUUCCUAAUAAUGACUCAAUAACAAAUCUUUUUCAAAUUAUGUUUUGAGGGGCUUGUUUCUUUCUGAGCCAAUCAGACGUCAGCGUGCCACUCAGAACCCCGCCCCUUCCUGUCCCGAGCGGGGGGGCGGGCUCUCCUCUCGGUGCCUAAAGAGCUCCAUCGAGAACAACAGGGCAAAAACAGACUUGAAGAGUGAGCCGGACACUCGGUUCGUCCCAUGAUCACAUGUUUGCUCAUCUCUGACAGAGGGUCAUGUGACUCGCUCGCUCCGCAGAAGAAGGGAAGAGCGAUUGGUGCUUUGUUCGUGGAGAGCGAGCGGACGUGUUGGUUCAGUGCUGGUGUGUGUUUGUGCCAAACGCUCAUUUAGACGCAUCCAGCUCUCUUCAGACCCUAGUGAGUCGCCCAUCAGACGGCCGCUCCAGCGCUACACACAUCCCACAAUGCAGUGCGAUUUAAGAUGGACUGAAGAAUCUUAAUGUUUUUUUUUUAUCUUCGAUUUAAAUAUAUUACUAUUGUACAAUAGAAUGUACUUAAUUAAGCACUUAAUAAUAAUUACAACGUUACUUUUUAAGGUAGUAUUUAAUUUUCUGUUCGAAGCACUUUGCUUACCAAACCAAAUAAAAGGAAUUGUUAAUUAUCAUUUAAUUACUUUUUAAAAGAUUAAUCAAAUUUAAUUGUUUUUGAUAGUUAAUUCGUAUUCAAUCCUAAACACAGAAUUACAGGACAUUUCGUCAAGCACUGUUAUUAAAGUUUUAUUAAUUCAAUUAAAUAGACGUUUUGACUA